UCCUCGUUAUUUUAGCAUCAAAAUCUUAACUAGUUUUUGGUUGUAUGUCAUCCUACAACCAAAUGACGGGUUCUAACCAAGUUGAUGAUCCGGAGGCAAAUACAACUACAAUACAACCCGCUUAUCCGCCACCAAAAAAGUGUUCUUCCUCGAUUUUUAUUCUUUGUUUCGUUUUGAUAUUAAUCUUGCUUCCAUUGAUCUACUCUUGCUUUUUAAUCAUUGCCCUUGCCACCUUGCCAUUGUUAUUGAUAUCUCUUUUAAUUAUUAGAAUAUUUCAGUUCUUCAAGUAUGGCAAAAGCUACAAAAAACUAACCUAUUUUAAGAAUUUUAUUCGAGGUUGGCUUUACAUAAAUGUAAUGAUGGUUUUGUUAGGGUUAUGGAUUUUCUUUCCAAUUGCUAAAUAUGUUCCUUCUUUGAAAAUAGUGUUGGUUUUAGACUUACCAUUCACAAAAUGGGUAGAGAUUAUAAGCAUUGUGUGUGGAUUUUACCUUAUUAGCUAUCUCAUAUAUUCAUUAACUCAUGGACUAACCCCCAUGCUUAAUGUUAGAAGCCUCAAUUUUCCACAGGCUUUUUCAGAGAUAACCGACGGUAUCAUUAUCUGGAGGGCGGAACAUGAGGUAAUGAAGCGCGUCCCAGCAUUUAAGCAACACAAAAUGCUUGGACUUCCCAUUCGAAGAUGGAUUAGGGUAUCAAUUCUCGUCUUAAUUGGUUAUAACCUCAUAACCUUGUUUACUUAUAUUGCAGUAUUAUCAUUAAGGAAAAUUUGUCAGCAACGACCUAAAGUAGCUGAAAGUGGUUUUUGGUACAAACUAGUUGGAAAACAUUUACAUAAAAAAUACGUAGUGUAUUUUGCCAAUGGUAUGAGAUUGAGCAUCAACUUCAUCAUGAGCUCUUUGUUGCUUCUUGGUACAUGGGUUACAUACUUAGGCUCGCGCCUAGAUAUGAACUCAACCGAAGCCAAACAUAUAUGGGAGUUCGGAGAAUGGACUCUUCUUAGUCUUUUCAUAUGCUCAUUUCUUUGGUCAAUCAAAACAUUUGUAUUACUAGCAUGGGAGAUUCAUACGGUUUAUCACAGAUUAGAGCAUAGAAUCAUACCCAUAAGUGAGCAAUUGUAUUUCCUCGGCAUCCUUGGUUGCCACCGCUAUGAUAUUCUUAAACUACUGCCUAAAUCGAGUGCACAUCAACAGACAGCCAACUCGCCGCCACCCAGGGAAUACUGCAUCUUUCAAUCCAUAUCGAUUUGCUUGUACCCCCUUCAAAACUUAACUAGACGAUUCGCCUCGAUUUCUAAAGAGUUUAGAGAGACUCUAAACAUUCGAAAGUGGGAAAGGAUCACGAAUCACUUGUUAGUCCCCAAGAAUCCUACUAUGGAUGAUUUGCAACGGGCUAUUAAACACUUCAAAGUGGCUAAGAAACUUUUGUUGAAGGAGACGUACAUCUCUGAUAUUCUAACAGCAUAUGAUCCAGAAGCUGAUUAUUGGGAAAAUUUGAACAAAGUAAUGGUAGAUCAUCAUAAGGAACUCAAUUCUCAAGGGAAAUGGUUUAUGGAAUUAUUUAACCUUAAUUCAACACCAAGGGAAGAAAACGGAGAAGGGGUACCGAAUUCGUACAUCAACCAAGAGAAUUCUUCACAAAUAUGCUUCAAUGAUGAUCAAAAAACAUGGGUGGUGGUAUAGAGGAAUAAGUGAAUGCUACUCAAUUACUCUUCCAUAAAACUUUGAUGAUGAAAAUAAAUGGGUUCUGCAAUGUAGUCAGACCUCAGUUCCUCUUCGCUAGUUCGCUUCAUCUUCCUCUUCGCAUAAUUUCAGUUUGCUCACGCCUCCAGUGCUGGCUGUGCUACUGGCCUGCUGGCUGCUGCUCGCCUAGUCGACUGCUCCAGCCUCCAGUGCUCUGUGCAGCUGUGCUCUGUCCUCUGCUGCUCGCCUAGUCGCCUGCUCCAGUGCCUAGUCGCUGACUUGCUGUCUUGCUGAGUGUUGGGCAUGGCCCUGCUGCAGUGCUGCUCCGCCUGCUCCGCUGCUCGCCUCAAUCAUUCAGCGCCUGCCGCCUCCGCCUAGCAAGGGAAGACUCAGCUUAUCAAUCAUUUUCUAAUCAACAAGAGUUGGUAUAUUGUUAAUUUGCCUGGAUAUGGAAGAGGGCACACAAUCAGUGCAUGAUCCUUGCCAAUACGCUAAGCAGUGCAGAUGAAGUUGGAGGUUGUUUAGACAAAAUAAUCAGCUGGCUUCUCAUAGCUGCGACUUUCGUGAUUUGGCUUCUUCUCACUGGUUUGGCUACUACUAAAGUACUUGUCCUCAUUUAAUCACCAUUGUUAGCAGCAACUUUUAUUUUCGGGGAAUCUUGCAAAACUUUGUUUGAAGGGAUCAUCUUUGUGUAUGUCGUCCAUCCCCUUGAUGUUGGUGAUCUAUGUAUCAUUGACGGCGAUAUGUUGGAGGUUAUAGCAAUUGGAAUUUGGACAACUACUUUCACAACGGUGGAAAAACUCGGUACUCAAGAGGUGGUGAUACAUCCCAAUUUAGAUUUGGCCAAAAAAGUCAUUAUCAAUCACAAAACCAAGUUUGAUUGGACUGAUUGCCUAGUAUACGCUUUAGGUGAUCUGAACACGACAACCAUCAAAAAUCAAAAUUAUAUAAUUAAUUUUUUCAGGGAUGAACUAAAGCAGGAAAAGUUUCAAUUUCUAUCAAGUUCACAAAAUCUAACAGUCUCAGUAACAGAAGACGAUAGCAAUGAUAAUCAUAGCAUAAAGUUAGUUAUAUGUCUGGAAUACAAGGCAGCAGAAGAUACUAAAUUUUGGACAUACUCUGAAUGUCUCCGGCGAAGAGAUGAACUUAAAGCUGAUUUUUGUCUACUUAUGCAUGAUGCUAUUAGCAUAUUCAAAGCUAGACAACAAAUGGUUUAACCUUGACUAGUUUUACUACAACUACUUUAGUAGCCAUUGUACUGAGUAAUUUUUUUAUUUCAAUUUUUUUUUUUUUUUUUUUUUUUAAUAUCUGAACUUAUUACAAAAAAAAAUUAAAAAAAAAAUUCGUACAUCACUCAAAUUUGCCUGAUUUAAUACAUUGACAAAGUAACACAAUGUGAAUACUGCACACAUCUAAUAUUUCUUUCAUUUUUUUUCAAUUGCAUCAC